ACACCCAUAAACACAAUUGGUCCCCUGGUUAGGCUUUGCUAAGGGCUAAGUAUUGGGUUUGAGUCUGACUCCAGGACUUUGCUUUCCCGGAGGGCUUGAGGUUCCUCCUGGACCUGGAGAACCACGGAAAGUUCCCAGUGUUGGCUAGCUUACUUGGCAAAGCACAGCGCCCUCUCCCAGUCUGGGUUGGGAGCUCCACUCUGGCCUUUGUCCUGGGCUCAUUAGCCACAGCCCGUUCCAUUUCCCCCAACCUCAGAAAGGUCUCCCCAUCUCAGAAAGGGUUCUCAGUUCCAAGCAGCUGCACAAAGAUCUGCAGUGUCAACGCUGGGCCCAUUUAUUGCCGGGAAUCCUAGGGAAUUGCUGAGAAAAUCAGCCAAUGGCAGAAGCCACACACACCGUGCCCGCCCCCCAGCUCCUCUCAGGAUUUAUUUGACGUGAGGACCUAAUUGACAGCCAGCAAGAGCGGUGCUCCCUAUCUUCAGGGAAGAUGCAAAAUCCUGCCAGCUUUUGUGACACUGCCGGGCUGGUGCGGUCCCCCUCGUGCACCCUCUCCCAGGUCAGAUUUCUCAAAAUGUAGGGUUUGUUCAGGAUAAAAUGAACCAAGGGCAGAGGUCCACGUGAACGUUUCUGGCCUCAGCCAGCUGUGAGGGUCUUGGCGGUGUGGAGGGGAAAGCAGAAGGCCCUCCCUAGCCUGGGGCACGCGCAGGAGGGGGAUCCAGUCGGUCACAGAAGCACCAAAUGUAAGGUGUCAGCAUCCGCAGUGGGGGGAGGGGGGCUGAUCAACUUUAACGUCAGCUGAUCAGCAGCACCGUCCCUGCAAAUCUGAUGUCCAAGGUGGGGCUCAGUUCUACAGUCUUGAAACUAAGGGUUUUACUGAGCCUAGCCAGGAAACUUCAGCAGCCUCCCCCCACCCCCCAGUCCAUUAGAGGACUUCGGGAGGCGCCAAAAUGUCCGGGUUGAGUCAGGCCCUGAGUGGGGCGUGGCCCGUCCUGGGAUCUACCCCUCCAGGCACAGAGCUCACUCUGUGCAGCCUUAAAGGUCUGGGUUUACGGACAGGUGGCUCUAGGACCUCCUAUCCGGCACCUCCCCCACGCCCAUCAUCGCGACAAAGGAUAAGGAAAUCGGCCACCCGCGGCUGGUGUGGACAGAGAUGCGCGGAGCCUGGCCUGGAGCUGCCGGGGAGUCCGGUGAGGGGGGCGAACAGGGUUGGAGCACCUGCUGACCUUCGGGCUGUGGACUUGGAUCCACUUCAUGGAUGGGCUCUGUGGCUGCUUUGUGGCCACCUCGGUCCCCAGGCCCGAGGUGAAGAAAAGACAAAGGCUCUCCCACUCUCCCACUUGAUUUAAAUAAGUCAUAUUAACUGGACGAUAAGUGUGAGUUCCAGCCUUCUGAUUUCUCUCAGGAUGACUCACUCCAGGCUUCUUUUGAAAUAUCAAAAUAUCAAAUAUCAUUUUCCCCGCUUGCUCCUUGCCACCGUUGGGGUCCUGCCCUGCAGUGGACAUCUGCAUCUUCAGGACUUAGGCAUCCUCGGCCCCACCCCACCCCAUCAGUGAGAUUUAGGGACACAGCUCCGCUAGGGGACACUAGAGCCUGGUCCUGGUCCAACAGGCAAGGCUGUUGGAGGAAGAACACUCCCCCACCACCCCCCGGGGCAGGUUGUCAUGUUUCUCCAGGAAGAGAGCCCCCCCCCCCCCCGGGGGGUGGAUCCCCCUCCUCCAGGAAUUGUGGGGUUUGGGGGAAGGGAGACUAGGAUUCUGCUCUUGGGAUUGUUAUUCCCGGACCCCAGAGGGUUCAGUAUUUGAAGGUAUGUGUGAUCGUUCUCUUCUAGAUGUUUCUGUCUUUUUUUGCAUGUGGGUCCAGAUUGGGACGAUAUGCCAGGUAUGGUCCAUGGGACUUUCUCAGCUCUCCAUUCCCCCCAAACCCCGCCAAAAGCUAAGAAGAGCCACCCCGCACACAGGUUCCAGGGAUCAGGACCACCCUCACCCCCUUACCAGGAAAGCUAGAGGAAUUUAACCAAAGGGCUAAUGGGUGGUGGCCCAGAAAAAGUUCUGCCCUCAGCCCCACCCAUCAGCACCCAAACCAGCUGAGCGCAGGUGUGCUUUCCGCUCUGUGAGACACCCCUCACCCACCCCCCAGCUAGCUCCAGUCUCUUCUUUCCUCACCUUCACGGGUAUUAAAGAAAACACCCGUGCCCCGACCUCGGGGUCCUAGGAGGUGCCGCUCCCAGGGGUGGCUGACAACAGUCUGGCCAGCAGCACAGGAAUGUCAAAAACACGACCACCCUACCCCGGGUGGGACUCGAACCCACAAUCCCUGGCUUAGGAGGCCAGUGCCUUCUCCAUUAGGCCACCGGGGCGUGCCCCUGGGGCGCAGGCUCCCUGGCCAGCACCGCCCCCUUCCUCACUCCCCGUGGGCGCGCGGGCACCUCCACGGGUCUCUGAACGCCGGGCUUCGGGCAGCAUCGGCGCGCGAGACCCGUGGAGGUGCCCGCGCGCCGAUGCUGCCGGAGGCCCCGCGUUCAGGGCGACGUCUGUCCCCCGCAUGUUGCUGUGCGGUUUCUUAGUUUCGGGCCGCGAGCGGGCGGGGAGUCCUGGCACCACCCCGUCCCGUCGGGUCCCGGUGCCGCCCCCGCUUCGCAGCCGCCCGAGUCCCCGCCGCGCCUCGCGGGGGCGAAGGUGGGGGCCGGGCGGCCGAGGGAAGCGUCCCCGCGCGUGCGUCUCGGGAAUGGACCGCAGAGGCCCGAGCCGAAUCCCCCCUCCCCUUUGUGGUAUCGGGGGACACUUGGGGGGACCAUCCCUCGGGUCCCUUCUCCAGCGGCGACGUGGGCGAUCAGAGUCGCUAAGGGCCCGACCCGUCGUCUUCGUUCUUUGGUUUGAGGUACGGUGCUUGUUUGGGGGACGAGCGGCCCUGCGCCGGAGCCUUGGGCGUCCCCGAGUGUCCAGAUUCUGCUGGUUCCGGGGGGUGGGGGGGGGGGGAGGGCAAGAAGCCGGGAAGGUGCCUCGCCUUUCUAGUGCGAGCACAGAUAGGACAGGUGGUGGCUGCGGUUUUCUCCUGCUGGGGAGAAGUGUCCCUCACUCCGCGUCGUGCAGAGGGACCCCGCUGGGAAGGACCCCAGGACCUGAGGACAAGGAACGAGGUGGGGCGAGAGCCGGGACCCUCCGCACUCGCACUCGGACCCGCGCAGGCCCCUGUCCUCCGACAACGCCCUCGGGACUCGGACCCAAGACCCUGCUGCCGGAGAGGCGGCCGCAGCUCCCCCGGAUUCUGGGCGCCGUGCCUGCGGACUCCGGGAGCCCAGAUCCCAAGCCUUGCCACCUGAGGUCGCAGGAGGUGGCUCGUUUCCUUCACCGCGGGGGCGUCAGCGGGUCGUUUCACGUUCAAAGAUUGGGACCUCGUCCCCAGGCCUGGAGGGGCGGCUCCUCCGUUUCGCCCCGCCGCACCCCCAGAACCUCUGCAGCCAAGUCACCAGAGGCUUCAAUACAAAGGACAGAACACCCAGGCGAGGUGGCCGUCGCCCGGCUAGCUCAGUCGGUAGAGCAUGAGACUCUUAAUCUCAGGGUCGUGGGUUCGAGCCCCACGUUGGGCGGGUGUACCUUUUGGGCUUCAGCAGGCUUUUCAACAACUCCUAAUCCCCACCCUGAGAUCUUCCUGAGAAAACAAACCUCUGGUUGCUCAUUCUAUGACAAGAGAAUGCGGUUCAUGGGUGUAACCUUUACCCUCAAGGGAGACAUUCUGAGGCACUGUAUCUUUAGAGUUUUAUUUUUUAGGGGCGGUGGUGGCUUAAGCCUAGAAAGGCAGAGCCAAGCCUACAGGGGCAGGUCCCUAUAGGUGGGGUCUAGGUCCUUUCCCCUACCGACUGGGUCCCCCUGCCUCACUCACAGGCGUGAGUCGGCUUUGGGUCAGUCAGGAUCAGUCCAUGGGGCCUUCUCCACCCCUCAUCCCAGAUGACUCUCACAUCCUCCACCUUCUCCAGGGGUGGGUGAUGAGGUUGUCAGACCACAGGGUAGGCCCAGAUGGGGGUAGUGGAGGGGGAAGCAUCAGAUCUGUGCACCUGGGAACCCAGAACAAGAGAUGAUCUGUCUCCAGAGAAGGGGAGUGGGCACGGGGUCAGGCAGGAAGGGAACACCGAUCCCGGAGGCCUCCACAGUGUGGGAACUAGGUGAAGGGGCCGAGGAUCCUCCCUGGUCCCCCUGCUUACGGUUCUGCUUCCUUUCAGACUCUACUCUUCUCCCCCCUCAGUCUGCUGUCCUUGAGGAGGAUGAGCUGAGGCUCUUAUCCCAGGGACAUGGCCUGAAGUCCACCUUGGGCCUACCUUUUAUAGCCCUGGACCUGUGGGUGUAAGUGAGGCCUUCGCCUAGACAUUGUGGGCUCCCAACUUGAACAAAUAUUACCAUCUAUCUGUUGUGAGGCCCAGACCAACCUGGAACCCAUAAAAGAGAAUAACCCAGAUGAUACGCCAAGAUGUGGCCUCCUGGCACUUUCCAGACACAUUCGAUUCAGACCCCCAGGAGUGAGCUGCCUCCCCUGCCCUCAGUAGCCCUUUGGGACACCCUGGCCCUGCAGGGAUGGACAGAGAAAGCCAAGGAGCCCAGGUGAUGGUGAAGACAGCAGAGGGAAUAAGGAACAGACAUGUUUAGAAUUAAACAUGACCCCAGUGACAGGGGCCAAUUUCUGGGGCUUUCUGCUCUCCCCACCCAAUUGCAGGUGGCUCUACUCCCUCUGUGCCUGCCUUCCUUACUCCAGCCUGGCAGUGCUUCCCUGCAGGGACCCCUCCCAGUGUCUACGAGACCCUGUUCACAGCCCUUCUGUCGCUGGGAAACUAUUAGCAGGUUGGUACUCACUGUACCCCCAGCCUCAGCCUCAGGGGAACUCUGUGCUUUCUGGAGAGAUCCUGUGCGGGGGGGGAUUUUCCUUGGCUUGUGGGCUGGGGUCUUGAGCCUUCCCCUAGAUGUGAAACGUGCAGAACACACAUUCUGGGCAGUUCUUUUAGGGCUGCAGGAGAGCUAUAGGACUAGGCUCCACUAUUUUCCAUCUGGGCCCCACAGAUCUGGGCCCCCGAAACCCAGCCUCUCAAGGACCCCAGUUUAUCCAGCUGUGAAGUGGGGAUAAUCCCAGCUCAUGACUCAAAGGUUUGUUUGGGAUAUUAACUUACUUAACUUUUUGUUUGUUUGUUUUUGUAAAGUAUUUAGAACACUGCCCUGAGACAUUAACUCCUGUCCCAGCUUCAAGUUUGCUUGCCGGCCCCAGUCCUCCUUCCUGACUGAACCGGGCAACUCCCGGCUGGUGGAAGCCCAGGUUUUCUCUCUGAGGCCCCUCUUAGUUCUCUCCUUUCCUGCGUCUUCUGCUUUCCCAUUUCACACUCCUCCGGACCCCUUUGGGCAGGAACCUGAACAGUCUCUUGUCCCAAAUUGGCAGACCCUGGCUCUGCCCCACUCCCUGCGAAGGAGCUGGAUCCCAAGGCCCGAACUCAGUGUCAGAGUUCAGCAAAGUAUUUCAAGGGAAUGAGGAAUCGAGGGGUCAGGCCUGUGUUCCCGCCCCUGAGAAGGGGCCCCAAUGAUCCGUAGUUUGUGAGUUCCAGUAUCUGUUCCGUCUUCCCCCGCCCACUCCCGUCCGCGGCCAAUGUAGAGCGCUGCAGCCCAGGAAGACAGGCGCCGCUGAUUGGAGGCAGAGCAUCGGUCCCGGUUUGCGACCCACUGCGGGUGAGCUGUGUCCCUCGCAGUCCAGCCUGGGCACAGCUGCAGCGCUCCUUCCUUCGCUGGGUGCAAGCCUGGGCCGGAGACGAGCCCUGCCCUGCGCGCUGCCGCGAUCAGCUGCGUAGCUGGGAAGCGGCGGGUUGGGGAGCGGCCGCAGUUCGGUCUUCCUUCCGCUGGGGCCGCUCGUGGACCGUCGAUGAGCCUAGAACUAACCCUCGGUCCGAAAUCUGACAGAGGCUGCGAACCCGCGAACCCACAGGGCCGGCUUCACAGGUGCACGCGCUGACAACUGAGCUAUCGGGGUGAUUUCAGCGCUUCCGCGUGCGUCAGCGGCAGAAGAAGGAGGGGGAGACGUGUCGUGGUGGCUCGUUGGUCUAGAGGUAUGAUUCUCGCUUUGGGUGCGAGAGGUCCCGGGUUCAAAUCCUGGACGAGCCCCUCUCCGUUUUCCCGUCCGCGUUUUCAGCGGAGACGGCACCCAACAGGCUGAGGCUCCCGAUGGCACAGCCCGUGUGGGACCUAGGGCACCGUGAGUCGUGAGACGCCCAUGGUCUGUAUCUCCCGUGGCUGGGAAUCCGCGGCACCGAGGUUAAAGGAGACCGCUCUGGGAAGUAAGAGGAAGUUAUCUAAAGUAAGGCAAAGUGCAUCGUUGGUUCUUCUGGGGGUACAGAUGAUCUCCGCUGGAGUCUCAGGUGAGUCCUACCCUUAACUUGAUUUUUUUUUGGGGGGGGGAGGGAGGAGGGGAGAGAGGGAGGGACACCCCGGAUUCCGUGGGCAGAAUUUCAUUCCCCCGGGCUUGCCCAGAUGAGAGCUCAAGGAAAUGCGCGCCAUGGAUGGGGAGGGGUGGUGGUUAGGUGGUCAGACAGGACAAAGCGAACCCGCUAGCCCAGAUCUGCCGGGUCCUCGGGGGAUGGGUCGCGCCUGGACACGGGGAAGGACACAGAGACAGCAGAGUGCCGGGAACCCGACCCCCCGAUCCCUGGACGCAGUCCUUCUGCCCCAAGGGCGGUGUCCUCAUCCUCCCCACCACCUGAGGACCUGAAGACCCUCCUCCCGCCCCUGCUGAGCCGGGGAGGGCAUCCCUGAGCCGCCCCGGUGCGGGGUCUGGUUGAUGGUCUGAUCCACCCCCCUCCAGGGGCCAGCCCCUCCGGGCCGAGGUCAUCCUAGGGCAGGAAGGUCGCUGGCCGCCUGGUUUAGUCAGCUUCGUGGGUUGUAGGCUCCACGUCGGAAACUCGAUGUCUUGGUUUGAUCUUGCCAGGGGCGGGAGAGGGGAGAGAGCAGCCGGGAGGAGCUCCUGCAGAGUGACCGCAGGGCGGCGCGGGGACGCACGGACCCCCUGCCCGGCUGGCCGCCCUUGCGCGCCAGGGGCGGAGCGCGGAGCGGAAUCGGCGGAGGCCACCUUGUUUGGGGGCACGCAGGAACCGCUCCCCACUUUAUGGGCGCAGGGAGUGUUAGGUUCCCUCCACGGCCGUGGAUCCCAACCUCUAGCCCUUCGCCACGGAUCUGAAACCGAUUCCCCUCCCCGCGCUGCUCCGCCGUUCCCGCCCUGGACGCCCUAUCGGUCACAAAGAGGAGAUUGGACACGCGCUGCAGCAGGGCUCGUUGGUCUAGGGGUAUGAUUCUCGCUUAGGGUGCGAGAGGUCCCGGGUUCAAAUCCCGGACGAGCCCUUCUUUUUGUCUCCCCGUGGAUCGGAGAGCUGGCCCGAGACCCCCACCCCCACCCCCGAGCCAGGCUCCACCGGGGGAGGGAAGCUUAAAAAGGCCUCAGGCUGGCUCAGUGCCGCCCACCGCUGCCUUUAAAAUUUAAUUGGGGCCCAGUCGCCAAAGCGUUGAUAGAGCCACGUCUCUAAAUGCUGCUUUGUCGGUAGGAGUUGGAGGCACCCGGGUGGGAGAAAGAUGUCCUUGCUUCCUGUGCACCAGGACGCCUUUGGCGCGGCAAGGCGGGGCCCCAGCGCGGUCCCGGGCUCAGGAGUGCGGGAGCUUGAGGACUGGCCAUGGACUUCUGGUAUUUGCAGCGUGGCCGGAGGGACCCCCAGACGCCGAGCCCUUCCCCCCACACGUGGGCGUGGCCUCCUGGGGCUCUCCCCGCAGCCCCUGCCCUGGUGCCUUGGUCGGGUCCCCUCCCCCCUUUUCUGCAGCUCCGGCUGUGUGUGGAUGGGGGUCGCCUUAGCCGCGUGAGAAACCGACCGGGUCUUGCCAACACGACGAAGCUUGAAAACCUAAGCAUUUGAAGAAUAAUGGGCGUAUUGCUCUGAGACCGUGAACUCACUCGUUGCCCCACCAGCUAAAAGGUCAAACAGAUGUUAACACUUUAAAACUGUAUUAGAGAAUAAUAUCUUGCACGUGUGACUAAGCCCGACCGACCAUGUUCAAGAGCUCUACAAGGGUGGACGCUGUUCUGCAGAACCUUGAGGCGGGGAUGCCUCCAGGUGCCAAAUUCCUAUAAAACACUCCCUCAGGGGGGAAGGCACCUUUCCUCCCAGUACCGGAACUGAAAGGAAAGUGGGACUCAGGGGACAGGGAUGAACUCCUCCAGCCUUUACCUGCUCAUCCAGAUGCCUUCAGCAUGUGUGGAAACAAGAGUGCCAUGGUGUGCCAGGACCUUCUGCCUCUUAGAGGAUCUGAAGGAUGUUACACCGGAGAGAAGGAAGCAAAAGAACGUGGUGGUGGAGAGGAUCAUGGUGUUGGACAACUGUUGGUCUUCCUUUUUGUUGAGGAUGGUGAGUUUGAGAGCGCACUAUGAACCAAGGAUCAUGAACAAUCCAAUUCUGUGUACUUGAGGACCGAUUGGGGAAAAAAAAACAAAACCCUCAAGUAGAAGAUUUAAUUUAAAGUGACCCAUGAAUGGUAAGUCCUUGAGCCCCUGGCAGAAAUCAACAAUUUUCUGUGCAGAGACACUUUUAUUCUAGGUCUCACAGAAUUCCAUACAUCAAGCAAUUUAGAAGGGAAAUGGGCAACUCACAAAACAAACAAGAACAACAAGGAAAUAAGGCACCAUGAGCAACAACCAAUGAACAACAAGCAAUGGAAAUAAAAUUGCCAAGAUUUCAGAUGCUAAGAUUGGAAGAUACAGAUCAUAAUACAACUAAUCUUACUAUGCAUAAACUAAUGGAAGACUAAUUAAAAUAUCUUUGAGAACAGAAGCUAUGUAAAAUGCUCUAGAAGAUUGAAAAAGAUGUAAAUUCUUCUAAAAAUAAAAAUACACAAAAAGUGAAACAAAAUUCAAUAGAUGUAUCUAACAGUUUAAAAAGGUGCAGAAAUAGUAAAUGAAAAAUAGGUCAAAAUAUAUACCACAAAACCCAAAAAAAUCCCAAUGUGAUUACAGAUUAAGCAACACACCUGUAGAAGUUACGUGAUUAAAGAACAAAUUACAAAGAAAGUUCGAAGAAAUACAUACUUUGAAAUAAAUGGUGGUGAAAAUACUGUAUACCAAAACCUGUAAGACCUAGCUAAAGCUGUAAUUGAUGGUCUUAGAUGCAUAGAAUAGAAAAGAAAGGUUGAAUACUAAUGCCAAGAAGUUAGAAAAAGAACAGCAAAAAUAAACCCAAAGAAGUUAGAACAAGGGAAAAAAUUAUAAGAUAGGAAAUCAGUGAACUAGAAAACAAGCAUACUAUAGAGAUUAAUGACAAAUCCUGAAGCAGAUCUUGAAAAAAAAAACAGUUAUUGAUAAAACUUUGCAAAAACUGAUUACAAAAUAAAGGAAGAAGACACACAACCCAUAUCAGGGAUAAGAAUGACUUCACAGUCAUUACGUAACUUAAAAGCAUAUGCUAAACAGCUUUGUGAAAACUUAGAAAAACACAUAAUUCUUUGAAUUAAAAAGCAUGCCUUGUGCCUGAGUGGUUCAGUCAAUUAAAGCAUCUGACUCUUGAUUCAGCUGAGGUCUUGAUCUCAGGGUUGUGAGUUCAAACCCCGUGUUGGGCUCUGCGCUGGGCAGAAAGCCUUCUUAAAAAACAAACAACAACAACAAACAUGCCUUAAUGGGAUCAAAAUGGAAUAAAAAUGUAAAUGACCUUUAAAUUAAUAAAGAAAAUGAAUCAAUGGUCAAAAAUUAUCCUCCAAAGAAAAUUAUUGACUCAGAUGGCUUCAGUGGGGGCAUGCUACCAAACAUUCAAGGAACUAAAUUUUAAUCUCACACAAAAUCUUUCGGAGAGUAGAAGACGGAAUCCCACAACACAUUUUACGAGGCCAGCACAACUCUGAUAUGAAAACUAAACAGCACGAAAAAGAAUUUUAAAAGCACAUAAUCUAUAAUCUCAUGGAAAUGGAUGUAAAUUCUAAAACAAAAUACUAGCAAGCCAAAUCUUAUGACAUAUAAGAAGGAUAAUAUUCCAUGGCCAAGUCGAGUUUAUCCUAGGGAACGCGAAGUUUAUUUGACAUUAGACAAAUCUGAUGUAUGCAACAAAUUCAAGGAAAAGUAUUCAAUAUAAUCUAACUUCCAUUUAGGACUUUUAAAAUUCUUAGGAGGGGCGGCUCAGUGGGUUAGGUGUAUCACUCUUGAUUUUGGCUCAGGUCAAGAUCUCCUGGUUGGUGGGUUUAAAUGUUGCUUGGGGCUCUACCCUGACAGUGCAGAGCCUGCUUGGGAUUCUCUCUCCCCCUCUUUCUACCCUCUUCUGCUCAUCCCCCCCCCCUAAAUAAAUAUGUAAACAAAUUCUUAGCAAACUACCAAAAGGAGAUAACACCCAUAAUUACCAAAAUUAUCUACAAAAUACUACAUCAAACUUCAUACUUGAUAGUGAAUCCCUGGCAAUAUUGUCUUUGAGGUUGGAGAUAGAAGGAUGCUGCCACUCUUUCUAUUGAACAUUUUGUUGGAGAAACUGGGCCACUCAUACACUGCUGAUGGGGAAGGAAAACGGUCUGGCCACGCUAGGAAACAAUGUGGCAGUGUCUUUACAAGGGAAACAUAACUACCAUAUGACCUCGAUUGCACCUUUGGGUAUUUAUUUGGGUGUUACAUGUUUGUAACAGCCCCCCCACCAAAACAAAACAAAACAAAACACCCCAAAAAACCCUGGAAAUAAUCCAGAUGUCUGUCAAGGGGUCAGUGUUUAAACUAACUGUGGUACAUCCUGUCUUAGGCUUUCUCUCCGCCGCUGGCUCCGGCCCCUUCACUCAGCUGCGGGGGCUACUCCUGCUGCGCCUGACGCCAGGUCGGCCUCGGCGGACACAGGGCCCAGGAGGGUUCCCCAGCUAGAGGCCCCGAGGACGGGAGGGAAGUCCUGGGCUGGCAGCACCCUUGCUGCAGUGGGGAAUUUCUGUGGGGCCCGGGGGUUUUGGCUACUGAACGUCCCUGGUGCUCAGGUCCAAUUCAUUACUUUACCUGGUUCGCAUCAACUUCAGAUCACUUUAGCAUCUAGAGUCACGACCAAUGGGCGCCCGGCUAGCUCAGUCGGUAGAGCAUGAGACUCUUAAUCUCAGGGUCGUGGGUUCGAGCCCCACGUUGGGCGGUUUGUUUUCUUGGUUUGGGCCAUAAAACUCUGCAGGAGGAGUUUAGGAAGUCGUAUGGACACCGGGGGCUGCGCCUCCACGCAACGUGUCCCACUGACCUAGAAACUAAAGACACGCAAAGCUGCCCCUCCUACCGGGAGCCCCGCGCAGGCUUUUGCCCCAGGGUGUCGUCAGGGUGCUCCUGGCCGCGAGGAAUGUCUGCAAAGUGACUUCAGGGAGGCGCCGGGACGCACGGACCGUCUACGUGGCCUCGGGCUCCUUACUGCGUCAGCGCUGAGGCCACCGGAUUGGGGGGGGGGGGGCGUGAGGGGCCCGCUUCUGAACUCAGCCCUUCCCCGCGGGUCUGAAAUCCGAAGCUCCUUCUCGCGUCACUUCCCUAGUUCCGCCUGUCCCAACCCCCGGGUCGCCACGAAGUCAUAAAGAGAGUCAGAGGCCCGCAUCCCUGUGGCUCGUUGGUCUAGGGGUAUGAUUCUCGCUUAGGGUGCGAGAGGU